AAGAAACUAAAAAUAUAAAUUUAGUUGAGCGGAGCUCUAAAUUCCAGUAUAUGUAUAAAACUUUUACGGCGAGUAUAAUAUAGAAACAAAAAAAGUACGAAAGCUUUUUGCUUCUCUACUGUUUAAAGGACUCUCUCGCCUGUGUGUGCGCUUUGGGUCUUUAGAAAACACAAAAAAAACUACUAGAAAACAACAGCAGCAACAACAACAACAAUACAAAAUUGACUUCAUUGAAUGAAAAUAUUACAACAAAGAAAAAAAAACAAGAGCAACGUCAACAAAACCCCUAAUAGAGAAUAAUAUCUACUAACAACGAAGUGUAUAAUAUACUCUGUCUCUCUUUCUCAAUCUAUAUAUUUACCGUUAUUAUUGACUACCACCACCCUAUACUACUCAAAUACAAACUCUAAACAAUUAUCAGUUACUCAGUCAGCGAAUAACUAGCGAGAGCAGCAGCAUAUUUUAUCAUUAGCAAAUUUUGCCGUGUGAACCUACAUACAAACUUGUCAUUGUCAUCGUCGUCAUAGUUGUUUCAACGAAGAACAACAACAACAACAAAGAAAAAUUGGCCAACUUUAGCUAGUGUCGGAAUAUAGUAUCCCCUAAAACGAAAAGCCUUUCAUUUGAGGAAUAACAGCAGUUUUUCAAAUACCUCCCCAAUCUAUCCCUCACACACUCACACAGUCUCUCGUUUUAAGUCAACUCUAUUGAAUAAAAAAAAAAACAACAAAAAUUAACAUUAGCCUUCUGGUCUUCUAACGCACCUAAUAGCCUAUAGUCCAGAAAAUGGAAGGUGAAGCCAAAGAAGGAAAGGAAAGUGAGCCUCAGGCGGAUCCAGCACCAGCCGGAGAUGCACCACCCGCAGGUGAGGGUGCGCCAGCCGGAGAGGGUGGCGAUGGUGAGAUUGUUGGUGGACCACGCAACCCUCAACAAAUAGCGGCACAAAAACGUUUACAACAAACCCAGGCACAAGUUGAUGAGGUUGUUGAUAUUAUGCGAACAAAUGUCGAGAAAGUACUCGAAAGAGAUCAAAAACUUUCCGAAUUAGACGAUCGUGCUGACGCCUUACAACAGGGUGCCUCACAAUUUGAACAGCAAGCUGGUAAAUUGAAACGAAAAUUCUGGUUGCAAAAUUUGAAGAUGAUGAUUAUUAUGGGCGUUAUUGGUCUAGUUAUUGUGGGCAUUAUUGCAAAUAAACUGGGCUUAAUAGGUGGUGAACAACAGCCUCAAUAUCCACCACAAUAUUAUAUGCCGCCACCACCACCCCAACAGCAGCCACCACCACAAGCGCCAGCUGCUGGUGGUACAUCGUCAUUGGUUGGAGAUGACAAGACCCAUGUUGAACAUGGUGGCGUAUAAGUACUAAACUUUGUAAACGAAAACCACAACAACAACAAGAACAGUGUUUAAAUUGCUUAAAAAUAAUACAACAACAACAAAAUAUUCAAAAUAAAAUCAUAUUUUUUUGGUAAAAUAAAACAACCAUAUUAUAAUAAUUAAUUAUUAAUUAUAAUACUACAAAAAAACUACUAAAUAACUUUAAUAUAAAAUGGAAAAUAAAGAAUUACAAAAUCACCAAAAAGAAAAAAGAAAGAUACACAUAACCUCAAUAAUAAACCAAAAUAGAAAGACAUGGAGUUAAACACAUAAUUAACAAAUACUUAACAAA